AGGCAGAGUUGUCCCUGUGGCCGCCAUUAAAGAAAGGAAUCCAUGAAUUCAAAUGGAAACCAACAGGAACCGAGGCAGAAAUUAUGACCGAAAUUAUUGCCUAAAUAAAGACCGAUGUCACAUUUCAAGAGUUUUUUCCGGGAUGUAUUUGUUUUUUAGACUCAUUUUUGCGAUGGAGGAGUAAGACAGGACGUCUUUAUUUUUUUAAGCAGAGACCGUUUUAGGGCUAAGGGGGAGGGGGGCGGGGGGGAAGUUGCUUCUUUGCUCUCCUUUUCUUUUUGUUUUAUGAACAUUUUCCGCUGCCUUUAAUUAGCUUUUACUGUGUGCUUUUGAGAUGUCGCCGUGAAGCCCACACAGUCUCUUUUACGCGCUUUUAGCUCAGGCGGCGGGGGGGGAACUGCAAUCGGAAAGGUUGUUGAAUUAACUAUCCUCCAGCCAAAUGUUCCAAAAAAUAUUUCUCGUUGAUUUCGACUGAACAUCUCCGAAGACACAACAUUCGCCGAUUUGUUCUCUAUUUCCUGGGAAGUGAAAUGAUGGAGAGUUGGAUCUCGCACUGAAGAAGGAUGAGUUCUUGUUAUGUACCAAACGGGGCCAGCUUGGAGGAUUGCCAUUCCAAUCUAUUCUGUCUGGCUGACUUAACAGGGAUCAAAUGGAAGAGGUUUGUGUGGCAGGGUCCCACCUCUGCGCCCAUCCUCUUCCCAGUGACCGAGGAGGACCCCAUCCUAUGCAGCUUCAGCCGUUGCCUGAAGGCCGACGUGCUAAGCGUAUGGCGGCGCAGUCAGCGGCCGGGGCGGAGGGAGCUUUGGCUGUUCUGGUGGGGGGACGACCCCAACUUCGCCGACCUCAUCCACCACGAGCUUGCAGCCGAGGACGACGGGCUGUGGGAGAACGGACUUUCCUACGAGUGUCGCACACUGCUGUUCAAAGCCAUCCACAACCUGCUGGAGCGCUGCCUCAUGAAUCGCAGCUUCGUUCGCAUCGGCAAGUGGUUCGUCAAGCCGUACGAGAAGGAUGAGAAGCCCAUCAACAAAAGUGAGCACUUAUCGUGUGCCUUCACAUUCUUCUUGCACGGGGAGAGCAACGUGUGCACGAGUGUGGAGAUCAACCAGCACCAGCCCGUGUACCAUCUGACCGAGGAGCACCUCACUCUGGCCCAGCAAUCAUCCAGUCCCUUCCAAGUGAUCCUGAGUCCUUUUGGCCUGAACGGGACACUGACUGGCCAGUCGUUCAAGAUGUCAGACCCGCCCACCAAGAAGCUGAUUGAGGAGUGGAACCAGUUCUAUCCCAUCAGCCCGAGCGCCAAAGAUGGUGUGUCGGAAGACAAAGCAGAGGACAUGGAUUGGGAGGAUGACUGUCUGGCCUCUGUGGAGGUCCUCGUAGGUGGUGUGCGGAUGCUGUACCCAGCCUGCCUUGUGCUGGUGCCCCAGUCAGACAUCCCUGUUGUGGCCCCUGUGGGGUCCUCCCACUGCACUGCCGUAUACUCGGGUGGCCACCAAGUGCCUGCUUCCCAGCGAGAGCCCGCCAUGUCUUUGGUGACCCUCACCCCUCCCACAUCGCCUGAGGAGGCACAUACAGUGGACUCUCACUUGGCCCAGAAGUGGGUUAAGAUGCCUUCAUCGUCUGAUGCGUUCACUGUGGAUACAACAAGUCACCAUGGGGGCAAGAUUCCACGGCGGCAAGCCAGUCAGGUGGUGGAGCGCGUCUGGCAAGAGUGCAAUAUCGACCGAGCCCAAAACAAGCGAAAGUUCUCGGCCGCAACCAACGGUACCUGCGAGGAAGAGCGGGCUGAGAAAGCGGGAGCCUGGGACUUUGUGAAGCAUUCACAGAGGUCAUACUGCAACUGUUCCAGAUACAAAUCAGUGAAGCAGAGAACAGCGAGCACCCCAGGCCAAACUCCGUCAGUGGGACAGACCUGCCAGACGCCCACCAAGCACAAAGCAGGGGGAGAGAAGCCAGAGAAAGGUGACAAGCUGCAGAAAAGACCGCAGACACCUUUCCAUCAUCGCAGCCUGACCAGUGAUGACGUGUCAAUGGAGGCCGAGGCAUCAGCUGGCCAAAGGUUAGCCAUGACGGGCCAGGACGGAGGAAGAUUCCCCAGUAUACGCUCCACGGAUGUGUCCAGCAUCCAAAAAGCCUCCCAGCUCCACAGUGGGGGCAUCAGCGCUGGGCCGUCGGAACAGGCCAAUUCUCCCCAGCCCCCGCCACUUAGCCCCCACCCCUGCGAGCGUGGCGAGGAGUCGGUGGAGGGCAUGAAGAACCCUUCAACCCCAAACAGCCAACACUUUUACCAGCUGCCCCCGGAGCCCUGCCUGGUCGGGGUGAAGGGGGGCAGCGAGGGACACGGAGGGCCAGAGGGCCUGAAUCAGCACUUCCACUCCCAUCACCCCCACUCCCACCCUGGGGCUUCAACUUACUCCGACCCCCCGGAGCCCACUGUGUAUGUGAGCGCAGCGGUCAACUUGGAGGAGGACGGCACCCACUCACCAUGGCGGUUAUUCAACCUACCGCGCAGGAAAGAAGCCGAGCUGCCCACGCCAUUGCUGCCAUGGGACAAGCUAAGGGACGAGCCCUUGUCAUCACAGGACAACCUGGUGUCAGUCACAGAGGUGAUGUCCACGUCUAAAUGGCCCCUUAAGGUGUCUGAAGAACGUGUCCAGAUGUAUCGAGCCAGGAGGAACCAGUUCCUAUCCGCUGCCAUAACAGACGGGGAUCAUGAGCCAGAGGUGGACCCCUACGCCUUCGAGGAAGGAGAUGUCAAGUUCACAUUCUCCAACAAGAAGGAUAAGGCGGGCGGGGAGCGGGAGCCCGGCAAGAAACACAAGGGCGAAGAUGGAGGAGCUGGUACAUCAGAUGAUGCUCAGCGGGCGGCCGCUCACAACCGCAUGGCUUCCACCAGCCUGAUCCACGAGACAGACCUGGUGGUGUCCAUCAACGACCUGGACAACCUCUUCAAUUCGGACGAGGAUGAAUCGGCGCCUGGUUCCCGGCGACCGGUGAAUGGAACGGAUGAGAGAUUUGCCGGCAAGGAACCGAAGCCAUCUACUUUGGACCCUGUAUCCUGCAUCAGCUCAGCAGAUCUGCACCAGAUGUUUCCCACGCCUCCCUCCCUAGAACAGCACAUCAUGGGGUACUCACCCAUGAACAUGUUUAGCAAGGAAUACAGCAUGGAGGCCAACACGGGCAUGACAAUGCUAGACGGCACCUCAUCUCUGGGAGGCCACUUCAAGAUUGAGGUGGAGGAGAGCUUCUGCAGUCCCAAGCCAUGUGAGAUCAAGGACUAUUCAUUUGUAUACAAGCCGGAGCUGUGCCAGCCAUUCGUAGGCUGCUCCAUGUUUGCCCCACUGAAGGCGCUACCCAGCCAGUGUCUCCCGCCGGUCAAAAUACCAGAGGAUUGCAUUUACCGACCAAGCUGGACCAUGGGCAGGGAGAUGCUCAACCCCGUGCCGGUCAUGACCUUCCUCAACAAGGACUGUAACAUCCCCAGUGUGGGCAGCACCAUGGACCAGGACUACAACCAGACCUACACCCCUCAGACCCACACGCCUUUCAUAUCCAACAGUGCUCCUCCAAGUAACAGUGGCGCUGGCAUCCUGCCUUCACCUGCAACCCCACGUUUCUCUGCCCCCACCCCACGCACGCCACGCACCCCACGCACGCCCCGGGGCCCCUCCAGCGUCCAGGGCUCGCUCAAAUAUGAGAACUCCGACCUGUACUCGCCAGCGUCCACCCCCUCCACGUGCCGACCGCUGAACUCGGUAGAGCCGGCCACCGUGCCCUCCAUCCCCGAGGCCCAUAGCCUCUACGUCACCCUCAUCCUCUCCGAGUCGGUCAUGAACCUCUUCAAGGACUGCAACUUCGACAGCUGCUGCAUCUGCGUGUGCAACAUGAACAUAAAAGGAGCCGAUGUGGGCGUGUACUUGAGUGACCCCGUCGGCGAGGCUCAGGACCCCUGCAGCUGCGGCUUCAGCGCCAUGGUCAAUCGGCGUUACGGCAACGGCUCGGGCCUCUUCCUGGAGGAUGAGCUGGAUAUCAUCGGCCGCGGCUCUGACGUCAGCAGAGAGGCAGAGAAGCGCUUUGAGGCCCUGCGGCUCUCCUCGCUGGAAAGAACUGGAGUAGGGAGGGGUGACCGUGUCCCAGAUGAGGUUAUUCUCCUCCUACAGGACCAGUGCACCAACCCCUUUUCACCCAUUUCAAUCUUGGAGCAUGACAUAGUGUCACGGGGGCCAAGUGGGGCCCCUGUGCCGCCCUGUGUGAGGGUGGAGGAGAGGGACUACCACAGCGACUGUUACAUGGCCCUGGAGCACGGCAGGCAGUUCAUGGACAACAUGUCGGGCGGCAAGGUGGACGAGUCGCUGGUCAAGAGCACCUGCCUGCACCACUGGGGCAAGCAAAACGCGGUGGACGUGACUGCGCUGUGCUCUCAGGAUGUACUGCGGGUGCUGAUGUCCCUCCAGCCCAUACUCCAGGAUGCAAUCCAGAAGAAGAGGACAGUAAGGUCGUGGGGCGUUCAGGGUCCCCUAACCUGGCAGCAGUUCCACAAGAUGGCUGGACGGGGCUCUUACGGCACAGACGAGUCCCCAGAGCCGCUGCCCAUCCCUACCUUCCUGGUGGGUUAUGAGUAUGACUUUGUGGUGCUGUCGCCGUUUGGUCUUCCCUACUGGGAGAAGCUGUUGCUGGAUCCCUUCGGCUCCCAGCGGGACAUCGGGUACCUGGUUGUUUGUCCUGACAACGAGGCCUUGCUCAGCGGCGCAAAGGGCUUCUUCCGAGACCUCACCGCCGUUUACGAGUCAUGUCGACUGGGCCAGCACCGACCCAUUUCCAAAGGCUACCCCGACGGCAUUGUCCUCGUCGGCGGCAAUGGGGCCAACAACCUGGUGGAUCAGCCAGUCAGCGACUGGUUCCUCAAGGCUGCUAGUAGCAACAGCGAGGCCUUCACUAAGCUCAAACUCUAUGCACAAGUGUGCCGACACAACCUCGCCCCAUACCUCGCAUCACAGCCUUUGGACAGCUCCCUCCUCACACAGCCCAGUCUCCCACCAUCGUCCAGCCAGUCACCAUCCACACAACUGUCUAGCUCCACCUCCAGCUCUGUCGGCCAGCAAGGCUCGGUGAACGCUGCAGGCUCCUCUGUUCACAACAGCAACAACAACACCACCAGCAGCAACAACACUGGGUCCGGGAAUGGAACCGCGUCAUCAAACAGUCUGGUGACAUCCUUGGGCCAGCCUUGCAGCGGGACACCGUCUGCCAAACCCAGCUCUUUUCCCCCCUUUGGGAGCACCCAGAGCCAAGGAGGUGGCCCACAGAGUGGACAGCUUGGGCAGCAGGCUGGCACCCUGAAUACUGGCACCUCAGGGGAGAACUCCAGCAGCCAGUCCCAGGGGCCCACUGAGCCUCCGGAAAGUACUUUGGAACGAGAUAAGAUAGGCAUGCCCACGGAUGGGGAGUCCCACGCCAUCACGUAUCCUCCCGCCAUAGUUGUUUACAUUGUGGACCCCUUCAGCUACGACGAGGCCGACGGGGGCCCAGGGCCAGUGCCGGCCCACUCCAGUGUGUGGACGCUGGGGUUGCUACGCUGCUACCUUGAGAUGCUUCAAUUCCUGCCCCCACACAUCCGCAAUUCUAUUUCUGUACAGAUUGUCCCGUGCCAGUACCUGCUUCAGCCGGUACGAGGGGAAGACCGUCAUAUCUACGCCCAGCACCUCAAGUCUCUCGCCUUCUCUGUCUUCGCUCAGUGCAGACGGCCGCUGCCCACCUCCACCAACGUCAAGUCACUGACGGGCUUCGGCCCCGGCCUGGCCAUCGACACGGCACUGAAGAGCCCGGAGCGGCCGGAAUGUCUGCGUCUGUAUACACCCCCGUUCAUUCUCGCACCAGUAAAGGACAAGCAGACGGAGCUCGGGGAGACAUUUGGGGAGGCGUCGCAGAAAUACAACGUGCUGUUUGUUGGAUACUGUUUGUCUCACGACCAACGCUGGAUCCUGGCUACAUGCACUGACCUGUAUGGGGAACUCCUGGAGACUUGCAUCAUCAACAUCGAUGUUCCCAACAGGGCGCGCAGGAAAAAGGGCUCUGUUCGGCGGCUUGGCCUGCAGAAGCUGUGGGAUUGGUGCUUGGGGCUGGUACAGAUGACGUCAGUGCCCUGGAGGGUGGUGAUUGGCCGACUGGGCAGAAUAGGACACGGAGAGUUAAAAGACUGGAGUAUUCUGCUGAGCAGGAGGAACCUCCAGUCACUGAGUCGCCGGCUGAAGGAAAUGUGUCGAAUGUGUGGCAUCUCCGCCUCAGAUACUCCCAGCAUCCUUAGCGUUUGCUUGGUUGCCAUGGAGCCCCAGGGAUCAUUUAUCAUCAUGCCAGACUCUGUGUCGACAGGCUCUGUGUUUGGCCGCAGCACCACCUUGAACAUGCAGACGUCCCAGCUGAACACCCCACAGGACACCUCCUGCACCCACAUCUUGGUCUUCCCCACGUCCGCCUUUGUCCAAGUGGCUAGCUCCAAUUACACCAACAUCGACCCAAACAUCGACAUUCUAAAUGGCACCAGCGACGGGAUUUUUGACCUGCUGGACCAGGAGAACGAGUUGGUGGACCCAGACAUAAUCAACAUCUCCCCCAACACUUCACCAGUACACUCCCCUGGCUCUCAUUACCACCACGGCGGUGAUGGCAGUAAGGGCCAGAGUACUGACCGUAUGGAGUCUCAUGAAGAGGUCCCGAACCUCCUGCAGCAGCCCUUAGCACUCGGCUACUUUGUCUCCACGGCGAAAGCCGGCCCACUACCUGACUGGUUCUGGUCAGCCUGUCCGCAGGCACAGAACCAGUGUCCACUCUUCCUCAAGGCCUCUUUGCACCUCCAUGUGUCUUCAGUGCAAUCAGAUGAACUACUGCACAGCAAACACUCCCAUCCCCUCGACUCCAAUCAGACCUCAGAUGUACUCAGAUAUGUGCUGGAGCAGUACAACGCCCUCUCCUGGCUGACGUGUGACCCGGCUACACAGGACCGACGAUCAUGUCUACCCAUUCACUUUGUGGUGCUCAACCAGAUGUACAACUUCAUCAUGAACAUGUUGUAGCUAACAGCCUGUUACUGGUGGGGAUGAAGCAUUUCAAAGAGGAGGAAAGCAAAGACUCCAGAGGGGGGUUUCAUCAAGACUGAAGAAAAACGGCAAGAACCGUACGGGCGUACGGAGCUUGGCCAUGCACCAAGACGGGAUCAGACGGCCGGUACUGGUUGAGACAGUCCAGUCCGUGUGAAUCAAAGACAUGCACUUAGAGACAAGGGAAUAAAGAUGCAAAUGAAUGAACGUGAGAGAAUGACAGAUUGGUUGUCAUGGUAUGUAGCAUGGCAGCACAUUCAAUGGCCAGUGUGUAUUGGAGAGACAAGUUUAUUUGUAAAGUUAUUGAAAGAAAAGGGACAUAUUUGAUCGUGGAAAAAAUGGAUCUUUGGUUUUAAGACCCCAAAUUCCUUUUUAUUCCUUUGGAUGAAAUAGUAUCCAACUAAAAUGCCUGCAUCUAUCUUAUUUAUUGUAAGUUUUUAAAUGUAUAAUUUGUCUUAUUUCUUAACCUCUUUUAUAUAUAAAAAAUGGAGAAGGUUUAUAUCACCUUCCUGCUUUAAAGCAAUUUGUCUAAGAUAUAUAUAAUCGUCUUAAUUAAAAAAAACAACCAGGAAAAAAAAUCCCAUAAAAAUUAUAAAGUACCCGUAGGUUGCUUUUAGAGUAUUAUUUUUUGUAAUGGAGACAGAAUAUUUGUAUUGUCACAAUGUACAGAAGAAUGAGAGUGGAGAAUUAUGUUCCAUGCCUUUGAGCUUGGACAACUUACAGCAAAGCUGUAGCUACAGAGGAUUUGUACAGCAAUGAACUUCACUGUGUUCAAAUAAAGAGGUACAUUGUUGUAUAUAGUAUUUUAUACCACACAUUUAGACACAAAAACCAAACGGCAAUAUAUAUUAUAAAUAUUAUAUAUGGAUGCCAUGCCAGCAGUUGGUGGUGUGGCUUCUGUUUUAGGAAUAAAGUGCGUCAACUUAU